GAAUUUGGAAUGAAUUAGAUUUACGUGAGUCUAUCCUACGUAGAUCACCGAAUAUUUGAACGCUAGUUCUAAGCAAUUACUCGUAUAUAUCUUCCUGAUAAUUGAGUGCAGGCCAAGUAAUAAGUUGGUUAAGUAAUCACCAUCCUUUUUUUUUUUCUCUUUUGUAUAAAUCAUAAAGAAUUGGGCAAAAACAAGGCUCGCUUCACCGCCGAGCAAUUCUAUAUAAACCCGUCUCUUAUAAUCAAAAACAAAAAAAUAAAUACAAAAACCCUAGUUAGCUUCUGCACAGCGCCCAUUCGUACCCUUCUUCACCAGGAUAAAAUCUUUUGUGGAAUAUGGUCCGUGAUUACUAUAGUCAUGCUGAUCCUUGCCGGGAAACAGUGCCCAGAAAUAAUCAGCAUCGAUAUCCUCAGACACAUACAUUCAGCCGUGAACCAUCAAAUUUUGUCAGACAGUCGCAUCCUGGUAGAGUUCGACAUUACUAUUCCAGAAGAUACAAGCCCUCACGAGCUACAGAGGAUUCAUAUGAACAUCAUGUUUAUGGUCCAUCUGUCUAUGAUAGUGAUCGCUGUCCAAUUGGCUCACUAUGUACUUUUGAUAGGCCAUCAUCCUUCCGCAGAGAAUUCAAGCGAAGAGGAAGUAAGCCUAGGGAAGCUUAUUCUCAACAAACCAGAAGAUCACAAAAUGGACUGCCAGAAAGAUAUGUUUGGAAUAGAGAAUAUUUAAAUGAGAAUUUGCUUCAGCAUGGUAGUUUAGGAAGUUCUAAAAAACAGUUUCGCAGUCACUCUAAAAGAUCAAGUAGCAACAUCAGGAGGAUUGAAUCUUGCUCACGCUCCAAUAGUGGCUAUGAUGAGUAUCCAAGGUAUUGGGCUAGUCGUGAUGAGAGAAUUACCCCUGAUUGUAUGAACCCGAGUCAUAAUUUUCAGGUUUCCCAGAAGCCACAUUACUGCAGGAGGUUUCCUAACAGAACUGCCUCACGUAUCAAUAGUGGCUAUGAUGAGUGUCCAAGGUCUAGGGCUAGCCUUGAUAAGAUGAUCAGCUCUACUGUUCAACUUCAACCGAGCAAGUCAACUGAUUCUAAAACCUACUAUAAACCACCUCGAAAGAGUCGACGCCGUAAGGCUGUAAAUAUGAAGAAACAUACACCUAGAAGGGACCAAAUUUCAGAAGAUUCAGAUUCAGACUCAGAUUCACUAACAGAAUUUUCAGAACCAAUUCAUAUUAAAUGGGAUGGCGGUAUUGGCAAAGAAUGUGUGCACAUCGAACAAAUCUGCCCUGUUUGUGAGAAGGAUUUGUCUUACAUUUCGUCGAUAGAUUCUUAUUAUGAAGAUGAUGCGGAACCUCCUAAACUUCCAGAAGUUGCUGUUCUGCCCUGUGGACAUGCUUUUCAUACUGAAUGUUUGAUGCAGUUUACAGAAGAGGGACAGUCCAGAGAACCGCCAUGCUUUCUAUGUAAUAGUUAUUUGGAUUAAAAUGCAUUUUUAUCACUGUCCUGUAUACAUAUACUAUCCCUCUUUUGCUUGUAAGAAAUAUGAAAUUAGUGAAGCUAGUACAAAGCUGUAUAUCUACGUAAAUGUGCACUUGUAUAAGAUAUAUUGGCUCAAUUAAUGCGCGGCAAAAUAGUAAUUGAUCAAGUCCGAUUUUACGGACUGCAUUGGUUAGGAUACAUA